CGAGCAGGGUUGGAGGGGUCCCCAGGCUCGGUUGGGGAUCCGAGCCGGAGCGGAGCGUAAGCCAGGCAAACGAGCGAGCAGGAGGGCGAGCGACGGAGCAAGCUGCACGGCGGCGUGCAGCGCCGUUGAGGGCGCUGCCCCGCGUGAUCCCAGGCCGCCCCGGGUCUUGGUCUCUUCGAAGGAUCAUCGGUUCCCGGGGCCAAAGAGCGGGGACAGGGGCGCUGCCGAGGUGCGAGGCCACGGCUGGAGCCCGACACGGUGUUACGGUGUCUCCAAUAGUAGGUUGACGCUUGGGGUCGGGGUCUGAGGCUUGGCUGCUGCGUGGACCGAGUGGAGAUCCGGGUUUGCCUCCGGUCCCUGAUCAGGACCCUGACGUGGGUGAGGCGGCCCCGGGAGCAUGAGCGGGCAGCGCGUGGACGUCAAGGUGGUGAUGCUGGGGAAAGAGUAUGUGGGCAAGACGAGCCUGGUAGAGCGAUAUGUGCACGACCGCUUCCUGGUGGGGCCCUAUCAGAAUACCAUCGGGGCUGCAUUCGUGGCCAAGGUGAUGUCCGUCGGAGACCGGACAGUGACUUUGGGUAUUUGGGACACAGCAGGCUCUGAGCGCUACGAGGCCAUGAGCAGAAUCUACUAUCGGGGUGCCAAGGCUGCCAUCGUCUGCUAUGACCUCACAGACAGCAGCAGCUUUGAGCGAGCUAAGUUCUGGGUGAAGGAACUGCGCAGCCUAGAGGAGGGCUGUCAAAUAUACCUGUGUGGCACCAAGAGUGACCUGCUGGAGGAGGACCGACGUCGUCGACGUGUGGACUUUCAUGACGUCCAGGACUAUGCAGACAAUAUCAAAGCUCAGCUCUUUGAAACAUCCAGCAAGACAGGCCAGAGUGUGGACGAGCUCUUCCAGAAAGUGGCGGAGGAUUACAUCAGUGUGGCUGCCUUCCAGGUGAUGACAGAGGACAAGGGCGUGGAUCUGGGCCAGAAGACAAACCCCUACUUCUACAGCUGUUGUCAUCACUGAGUCACUACUCACCUGGCCUGGGGGAAUUAAAGGAAUUCCCCAGAGGGGCUGGACCCAGCUCUUGUCUGGGCUUGGGAGGUCAAAUGUCUGAGCUACCCCAGGUUCCCAUGACAGCAGAGGUGACACCUGCCUGUGCUGGCCCAUGGAACAGAGGCAGCAUUGAGCUGACUGUGGGCAUGAGGAGGGCUAAGGGCUGAUUUGGACCCCAGGCUUCUGCCCUGGACAGCACUUGUGUCUGCAGAUUAUUUAAGUAGCUUCUGAUCUGUAAAUAAAAUCAAUGCACUGUGAAUCACA